AUGGAUACGGAUGCACCCAACGGACAGGAGAGUGAUUAUGGAAGUUCUCCAUGGAUCGAAUUAGGCGCAUUUGAGUCGCCAGGAGGCUCGCAUCACAGCCCACCAUUGCCGGAUUUCCAUGGAUUCAGCUAUGGAUCUUCACCUAUCAUGCCACUGGAACCGGCAUACAGCAUGUCUAUUCCUCCGCCAUAUUCGACAAUUAACUUGACCAUGCCGGCUCAUCCUUGGCCUAGUAUGUUGACUACCCAGUCACCAUUCCCGGAGACUUCACUGUCGCCUGCGCCUACUCCGACUUUGUCAAUACCCCAGCCAGUGCCUAUCCGGCCUUUACAUACGACUCCCGCACCGUCUGCGCCGACACCUCGUAGGACCUUGACGGAUGAAGAUCGCCGUCGGAUGUGCUUGUACCAUGAAGAGAACAAGUCAGCUAAACAGACUGACAUAGGAGCUUUAUUCGGUGUAGAGAGGAGUACUGUAUCCAAGGUCCUGCGACAAAAAGAAAAGUACCUAAGUAUGGAUGACGGAAGCCGAUCUCCCAUCAAACGAAGUAAAGGAAAAGUGCCCGACAUCGAAAAGGCUCUUGCCAACUGGGCUCGAAACUAUCAGCGCCAGGGAUUCGUUUUGACGGACGCUAUGAUCAAAGAGAAAGCACAUUUCUUCGCUACAACCUGUGCUAGUCCAGAUGGGAAAUCAAAGAUCCUCACCGCAAGUUGGCUGGAGAAAUUCAAGCAGAAAAAUAACCUGUCAGGAUCAAAGUCUCGAAAGAACUCUACAGAUACAAUCGCAAGCGAUAGAGAAGACCUGCCUCAUAUUCACUCUCCAACUGGCACGCUCAUAUCGACGGGUGUAUCGCCUAUUUCUCCUACAGGAUUGACGCCGUCGCCUCUUUCACCUUCUAUGAGCCAAGAAACCCUAAAGAAAGAACUUGGCGAGAGCGCUCUUCUCGAUUUCUCCAGAGAUCCAGUCAAGCAUGGCCACUCGCAGAGCACGACUUCCCUCGACACGAUCCCAUCAUUGUCUGCCGGCGUAGCUAGUCCGACAUCACCUUUGGUCUCUGAAAGCCCAUACACUCCAACCGUGCGGUCUCGCCUGCCUUCAAUCAGUUCUGCUGCUAGUCGACCCCGAAGCCAGACAUUCCCACUUGCAGGAGAUGCCGAGUCUCUGAAUGGACAGGGGGAACACCACAAGGUCACAAACUCAAAGCACUCCAUGAACGGAUCACUCUCCGUUUCAGUGGUCGACUCACCCUUGGAUGAUGACUCGGAACACAAAAGCCCGAACGAUACUGGCGAUGACAGCAACAGCUCAAUGAAACAUCACAGAAGCAACUCAGACCUGAAAUCGAUCAGUACCUCGAUGCAGCCUCCACCCGUACCACCAUCUAGAUCCAGCACAGUGAGCAGUCCAGUCUCUCCUGGAUCACCGACGCAGGACGAAGCGCGACGUGCCCUAGAGCUGGUCAUGAACUAUAUCCAGAACCAACCUUCAGGUUUAGGGCUACAGAUGCAGGACUAUGUUACAAUGGGUAAAUUGAUGGAAAAGCUUGAUCUGGUACACAACAACCAGUCAAUCUCGGGCAGGCUUCAUCGCAUAGAUGAGGACACCGAUGGUCCUCAAAUGACUAAGAAGAGGAGUAUUCACUCCUUGACAUAG